AUGACCAUUUUGAAGGAGCUAUGGACGGAAGAGUUCGAUGAGGCGGAAGUGAAGACGAGGUACCAGUACCUGAUUGAUUUACGGGAGAAACUGGAGCAGACCCUCAAGCUUGCACGUGAGGAAUUGAAACGAUCACAAGCGAGAUAUCAGCGAUAUUACAACCGGAAUGCGAAAGACCGGAAGUUCGUGGUCGGAGAUAAGGUCCUCAUCUUGUUGCCAACUGAUAAGAACAAGCUUCUCAUGCAGUGGAAGGGCCCAUUCGAAGUCGAAAAGAUUGUCGGAACCAACGAUUAUGGAAUUCAGGUCGGCGGAAAGGUGAAGACGUUCCACGCGAAUAUGCUCAAGAAAUAUAUUGAAAGAAAGAAUGCUGAUGUUAAUAACCGAAAGCAGGAAUUGGAUGGAGGUGAUGACGGCGACAACAAAGGGGACAGUGUCGGCGGCCCAGUUCUUCACCUAACUGCAGCUUCCAUAAUUGAGACGAGUGUCGGUGCGUCCAAUGGAGCAGUUGAUGAUGAAGAACUGCUGGAACUUGGUCCCACAGUACCGAAGGAAACAGCUGCAGACGUGGUCUUAGGUGAGCAGCUGACUGAGGAACAGAGAGUCCAAUUAGAAGAACUGAUCGAUCGAUAUGAACACAUCUUCACCGACGUGCCGGGCGAUAGUAACCUUACAGAACACCAAAUAGAGGUGACGUCCGAGGAACCUAUUCGAUCCAAACCGUAUGCAAUACCCUACAACGUGAGAGAGUCCCUAAAGGAGGAUAUCCAAGCAAUGCUGCAGAUGGGCGUGAUUAGAGAAUCGAAGUCUCCCUAUGCGUCACCGGUCGUGGUGGUACGUAAGAAGGAUGGUACGAACAGAGUGUGUGUUGACUAUUGGAAGCUUAAUCGGCUCACGGUUUUCGACCCUGCACCAGGUAAUACUGCCGAGGAGAUAUUUCAAAAGAUGGCCAAGAAAAAAUAUUUCACGAGAAUUGAUUUGAGCAAAGGGUACUGGCAAAUUCCCGUCGCGGCGAAAGAUGUUCCCAAGACGGCGUUUGUUACACCGGACGGGACCUACGAAUUUAUCUGA